CAGCAUCUCGCAGAGCUUCAGAAGCACAAGCAUUAGAAGCACAAGCACAACGAUAAUUCCCCGCAGCUGGAGCAGCUUAGUCCUCAGGCAGCACGCGCGCCGGAGCUGCUGCUACGGACGAGCUCAUGGCUGCUCCUCCUUCCGUUCAGCCGAAUUCGUAGUUGGAAGCAUUCUUCAGGUGUUGUGGAAUACCAAUUGGCGCAGAGGUCCUUGACGAAUAGCCUUGAGAGAGUGGCGGGGGAAUUUGCUUGAGGUUUUCCUAUGGAGAUUUCUGUGAUGGCGGGCGUGACUCCUGCGCGAUUGCCACAGACUACUCACGUAUUGGAUGCUCGAAGUUCACAUAACCUCUCGUCCGCGACCUUAGUUCGUAGAACCUCCAAAAUGUCGCUACUUCACUGUCGUCAUCGCGACAGAUAUCCUUCUCUGCAUUCUCAACUUCCCAACUGGCGACAACGACAGAUUUGUGCUGCAUCGUCAAAAGAGGCCGACGAAGUAGAGCUAACUACUGGAGAAGAGAAAGGAGAGUCUUCGAAUGUGCGGAGGAAUUACUUUCAGGAAGGCAGGUCGAGAAACAGUGUGCAGUAUAGGGAAUCUGAUGAUGGGCCGUCAUCAAGGCUCAACAACAAUGCGCUUGAGAGCAGGGAUUCGCAGAGACGACAUUCCAACUCUAGGAACCAGAGGCUUACUUCGUCCAGCAGACGGGGCAGUGAGAUGGAGGGGAAAGCUAGUCAUUUUAGUACGAACAGGAGCGAAUCUCCCAAGCCGAACACGUCUAAGUAUUCUCAACAUGAUACGGAGGGUAACAUGCACAGGGCGCCUUGGGAUCAGGGUCCAGCGAGGGGAGCUAAAGCAAAUCCUCGAGGUAGGAGAUCACCGAUUCCAAAAAAUAAGGAUGCAAGGGGGGAUCGAGAAAAUUACCAGGGCGGAGGACAAAGAGCUUCUAUGGCUCGAAUCGUCGAAAAGCUGCGUGCAAUUGGGAACGGAGAGUCUGCAACUACGAUGGACUUCGACAAAAAUCCUCCUGCUACGGAGACUUCAUCAUUUCUGCCUAGACCCGGUCAAGCUGUGCACCCUGGUCUGGACCGAAGAUGGAGCAAUUCUAAUCUUGAGCAGCCUUCCGACGAUCUUGGAUCAAGGUUUCCUUGGGCCAUGGGUGAGAAUGAAGAACAAGAAGAUCAUGAACAGAUUGAGAAAAAGAAGAGAGUUAGAUCACCCUCCGUGGCAGAGCUCACACUACCAGAGCCUGAACUGAGAAGGCUACGUACACUCGGGCUGCAAUUGCAGGGACGGCUGAAGAUUGGUCGAUUAGGGGUUACCCCUGGCAUUGUGGAGGCAAUCCAUGAUAGGUGGCGUACUUCUGAGCUUGCUAAAGUGAAAUGUGAUGCACCCUUGUCAAUGAAUAUGAAGAAAGCGCACGAAGAUCUUGAGAGAUUAACUGGUGGGCUAGUCAUAUGGCGUGCGGGCAGUGCCGCAGUAGUCUAUCGUGGGAAGGAUUAUGUCCAUCCUUUUGUGCUGGAAAGGGAAGAAAAGGAAUUAUUGUCUCUGGAUCUAGACGAGGAUGAGGAACAGGAGCUACUUAUGGAAGCUGGUAGUGAAGUGGAGAUGGAGUCAUCAAUUGAAGAGUGCUUCGACGUCACCGGAGAUCAAUCUGGAGAAAAGGAAUUUCUCAUGAAGCAAGGGCAGAACGCUGAUCUGAUGAUGAUGGAGGAGUUACUGGAUGGUCUAGGGCCGCGAUACGCAGAUUGGAAGGGGAAGGAUCCUGUGCCAGUGGAUGGGGAUCUUUUACUCGACUCAGAGUUUAAAUUUAAGCGUCCUUUCCGGCUUCUGCCCCAUGGCGUAAAACCUAAAUUGAACGAUUUCGAAAUGACACAGCUGCGACGUCUGGCACGUCCUGUUCCUCCUCAUUUUGUCCUUGGGAGGAACAGAGGACUCGAUGGACUGGCUGCAGCUAUUAUGAAGCUGUGGGAGAAGAGUGAAAUUGUGAAGAUAGGUGUGAAGAAAGGGGUUCAAAAUACCAGCAACGAGAAAAUGGCUGAAGAAUUAAAGAGGCUAACUGGAGGAACCUUAUUAGCCAGGGAUAAAGAGUACAUAGUACUUUCUCGUGGCAAAGACUUUUUGCCCUCAGCGGUUCGGGUAGCGCUAGAAGAGAGGGACCGUAUGGCUAAAGCAGUGCAGGAGGAGGAAGAAAGGAUUCGUUUGAGUGGUCGCAAAAGAGUAGUGCAAAUCGUUGAUACCAGCAAAGUAGGGACUUUGGAAGAGGCUAUGGAAACAAGAGCUGCAUGGGAAGGCUGGCAAAAGAGUGAUGAAGCUCGAAAAGAAAGAAUUGCAGCACGAAAAGCAAAAAGAGGUCAGGCUAUGGACAGGAUUCGGCAGAAAAUGAAGCUUGCACUUCAGAAGAAGGAAAGGGCAAUGGCAGAGCUAGCGAAGAUAGAUGCAAAAACGAAUCCUACGGAUGCACCCCUAGACAAGGAGUUUCUUUCAGAAGCGGAGAGAUACAUGUACAGACAGCAAGGGUUAAAACAUAAGGGUUAUCUUCUGUUGGGUAGAAGAGGAGUAUUUGGUGGUACUGUUGAGAAUAUGCAUCUUCACUGGAAACACAGGGAACUUGUGAAAAUCCUUGUGAAGGCACCAAUAGCUGAGGCCCAACAAACAGCUAAGAUGCUGGAGAGAGAGAGUGGAGGAAUUUUAGUGGAUAUCGUCAAUACUUCCAAAGGACAAGCCAUCAUAGUGUAUCGUGGCAAAAACUACCAGCGCCCAUCUGAACUAAGACCUAGGCAUCUUCUUACAAAGAGACAAGCCCUAAAACGUUCUCUCGAGGUGCAACGAAUGCAGUCAUUGGAGAAGCAUAUCCAGAUACUGAUGACGGAGAUUGAGACGAUGCAAGCAGGCCUGAACAAAAUGGAGGAACAAGAUGAGUUGGAAAAUGAAGCUGGAACACAAGGCAAUCUCGAAGAUUUUGAUGCUACUGAUUUUAAUUUGGACAAUGUAGGGAAGUCGAUACAGGUUAAGAAUUUCUUCAAGGCUGAACCUCUUACACGCAAACAAAGACAACAUUUGCGACAACAAAUACCUUUGAUGUUGGGUAGAACUGCCAACUUCAAUAUUGGAAAGACCACUUUGUAUGAAGACUUAGCCAAGUCAAUUUGUGCUUAUCUUCAAAAGCAUCCUUUCGUGAAAGUUGGCGUGAAGGGUAGACCCAAGGGCUCGUCUGUGGCUUCAGUUGUAGAACAAAUUGAGGAGCAUACUGGGGCUGUUUUAGUCUCAACAGAGCCAAGUAAGCUUAUAUUUUAUCGUGGCUGGCCUGCUGGCGAGGAACGACCAGACCUGACAGCUUACAAGGAAGGAAUAGAAGAUGAGCUUUCAUCAGAUAGACGAGGUCUGAGUGACUUGGAUGUUGAAUCUGAAGAUGAAGACGAAGAUGAUUUUGACGACUUUGGGAUUGAUGCAUGGAAUGAUGAGGAUUGGGAAGAAACAGCUGAGGAUGAGGAAGUUACACAUGAGGAGAAAGAGGAAGAGCUUCGUCACGAGGAUGCCACCUGAAGUUAGUGGUUCAGCUUUUCUGGUGGAGAAUCAAACUUAUGUUAAACAAAAGGGAAUGAAGAUUUUCCCUUGGCAAGGAACAGUGCAAACUUGUGGUCAAAGUUAACUAGCAUUUCAGCACUCAAAUCGUUUAAUCUUAGUCUGGAAUACAUCACAAGCCUGACAGAUGUAGGGGACAAACUAUCGAUUUAGUGUAGACAUUGCAGACCGAAACGGCAUUAGUUUCAGGGUAGGUGGAUAGGGCUCUAGAGGUAUCAACCCCGAGGUAGAAAAGGAUUCAGCUUUGACUUUCUUCCACCAAGUUCUUUCCCUUCAUUUCAUUUUUCCUUGGUCGUUACGAAGUUGUUUCUUCUGCAGGGGCUUCAGGAAUUUGUCGAUUUAGAAUUUCUUAAAUUCGCGAGUGUGUGAUGUAGUCUUUUAAUAUUCAGGGCUUACUGUAACAUAGUUCUUUUCUGAAUGUUUCCACAUCUAGCCCUGUAACUGCUUCAAUGUGUGUCGAUUGAAUAUUGAAUCAAACCAACCAUGAGCUUCAAAA